AUGAUUCCACAAAACGUCUACGAACUUUGUCGCGGAGACCUGUCCGUCAGUUCCGAGCUCGCCAAGAAUCCAACGCUGUCGCCUCAUGAUGCGUGCAAGAAGCUCUUCGGCGUUGAUGCCGAUGAUCAGAAAGUCACCAAGAAGGUUGAUAUCUCCACCGAAGCUGCAGAAGACCUAGAGCAAGCUUUCCAAUGUGGGAAAUGGGGUAAUUCGCGACCCAGCGACUUGUUUCUGAGAAUAUAUCACGAUGUCUUAUGUACACUGGAAAAGAACCCACUAGUGGGCGUAUGCUCGCCUGCAUUACUUGGUAGCAAUGGUGUUUGCCCUUUGACCAUCAUGGCAACGGUGCCUGACAUAUGUCGCCACAUGUCCAACGCUAUCGCCCGCGCUGAACAUGAAGUCUUCCUCGCCACAAACUUCUGGUCCUACUCAGAACCCACUAGAUUGAUAACCAAUGCACUCAAGGAGUUGUCGAAGAAGGCCGUCAAGACCAAUCGACGAGUUGUCGUCAAGAUCAUCUAUGAUCGGGGCAGUGCAAAGCAGGCACGUCACCAAGCAAACAGGAGAAUCCCUCGUUCUAACAUUGUUCAGGUCAUCAAGAACCAUCUGCCCGUGAGCCCAGAGGACUAUUCUGACCCUGAGGGCAAGAUUCGUAUACCUCGUCCUGAAGAGCUGCCCAAUCUCGAUCUUGAGGUGAUGAACUACCAUCAACCCAUCUUUGGCACGUUUCAUGCAAAAUAUUGUGUAAUCGACCGCAAGAUUGCCAUAAUUCAAAGCAAUAAUAUUCAGGAUAUUGACAAUCUCGAGAUGAUGACACAGUUCGAGGGCGAUAUUGUUGACUCAUUCUAUGAUGUCGCCCUAAUAUCGUGGCACAAGCUGAUGACCCCGACUCUUCCAUGUAUCAACACUCCCAAUGUUGGUCGCCCGACGCCGACAUUCGAGGCUAAAGAAUACGCCACUCUUUUCGACGACAACGGAAAACUCGUUAAUGUCUAUCAUGCGACGGAUUCGGUACCAGAGGGGGACCACUCUCUGCGUGAUGUCGCAUCUCAUGGAACACAGCUCAACCUUCCUCAGCACACUUCGCAAGAUCCUCACUACGACGAGGACCUCAAAUCAGAAGUAUUGCGUGCCGUCGCAACAUUGAACCCGACUCCAGGCGAGACGCGAAUCAACGCCAUCACUCGACUACUCAAUACCACCAUCCAACCCAACACCAAGGGCACUGCUCCAGAGAUCGAGCCACGCGAUACAAUGACUCCGCUGAUACCGAUCCCUCGCCAUGAACCAUUCCCAGUCGCGAUGGUCUGCCGCGAACCGUGGGGCGCCCCGACGAAGCAAGCGCUCUACACGCCACAGAACGAAGCCUGGACAUCUGCUCUCCGGCAUGCCAAGAAGUCCGUCUUCAUUCAAACCCCGGACCUGAACGCCGAAGCUUUACUCCCCGAAAUCCUGGCAGCUUGUCGGCGCGGAAUCGAAGUCACGUACUACUACUGCCUGGGCUACAACGACGCGGGCGAACUCCUGCCCAUGCAAGGCGGGCACAACGAAGGCAUCGCGAAUUACCUGUACAAGGAGCUUCAGGAGGAAUAUCACAGCAACCUCAACAUCUACGUCUACGUGGCAAAAGACCAGACACGGCCGAUCCACAACAAAUUCAAGUCCCGCUCGUGCCACAUCAAGCUCAUGGUCGUCGACGGACACAUCGGCAUCCAAGGGAAUGGCAACCAGGACACGCAGAGCUGGUACCACAGCCAGGAGACGAACGUCAUGAUCGACAGUGAAUUGGUCGUGGGAGCGUGGCUGGCGGGGAUCCGACAGAAUCAAAACACGCAUCUGUUCGGGAAGGUCGGCAAGGAUGGGCCUGAUGCUGGGUGCUGGAAGGAUCCGGAGACGGGCAAGCAGGCCGAAGGCGCGAUCGGUGUUGAUCCAGGGAGGUUCGCUUGGGCCAAGGGCAUCGUUGGUGCUGUUCAGCGUGUGAGAGGCAUGGGCGGUUUCUGA